UUUGUUUUCGUGCUGAGCGGUUGUGCGGGCGGAAGAAAAAUAAAAAAAAUUAAAAGUUACGCGGCUUGGUAAAAAUCGAAAUCAAAACGAAAGUCAAACAAUAAUAAUAAUUCAAUAGGGCUAAACGGUGCGAGCGAUUGAGAAGAAAAAUCGAAAAUGCAAAUGGGCAAGAAAGUGAUCUAAGGGCCGAAAGCAACAAGAAAGAAAUUAAGGCCAAAACAAAAGAGUGGAAAUAAAAUCAAAGUGAGAAAGUGCCAAAAUAAAAAUAACAACAAUAACAAAAAAGAAAGAAGAAAAUGUUGUGUUAAGCGGCGCUAGCGACAGCGGCCAAUGUGUGUGGUAUGUGUCUGUGUGUUUAGGGCCAUGGUAACUAAUUUUUAAGGAUUUGGCGCGUUGCCUGCCCAUCGCCGAUGCCCCCCCUGCACCUCGUCACCGCGUCACAAGUUUUGUAUUGGAAUUAAGUGUGAAAGGCAAACAACAAACUGAGAAUAAACAAACGGCAACAGCAGGCAAACAAAUUGCAAUUGAAGCUGCAACUUUUAUGAAUGAAUCUCACCACUAAAAGUGUGGGCCAACAAGGAGGUGGUGCAGCAGCAAACUAGAAAAUGGCCUUCAGCUAUGCGUGCCUGGUGCUGCAACGCGCCGUGGUGCCGGCAGUGCUGGUCCUGGCCUCCCUGAUGCGACCAGUUGGCAUAUCGUUCGUCUAUCUCUUGAUGUUCUUUAUGUCUCCGUUUAUACCACUUGCCACACGUCGCAACUUUAAAGGAUCGGUCACUGCCUUCUUUAUCAUCCUAUUAGCUCUAAGUACGCUUGUUAUAUUGGGUCACAUAACCCUACAAAUACUCGCUGUCAGCACUGAGCUUCUCACGGACAAAUGUUCCUUUAUCGAGCGUCUGCUAAGGCACAUUGGAUUCAUCAGUUUUCUUAAGCUGACACCAUUUGCCAUCAUUGAGUGGCUGGCACCGGAAAUUCUGGUAUUUGCCACAUCUUUGGGUUCAUAUCUCACGGUCAAACGUUUGUCCACGCAAGCCAUCAAUGUCGAUCAAUUGGAGAAUGGUGAACUGGCCGAGGCUGGAGUGCAAUCCGAUCAAGUAGCUGGCACAUCAAGUGAUGCCAAUGGUGGAGACAAUCUGCAACAGGCUACGGCCACAACGCCCUUGCAGCAGCAACAGCAACAAUUACGAAAACGUGUCUCAAUGAUCAGUCAGCAUAUACAUUUCGAAGGAUUAAUUAAGAUCUCUCCUUUGUUCUGUUUGGCUACAUUGUUCUUUGCCGCCGUAUUGCGUCCCUCUGUGCCGGGUGGCUUCUAUUUUCUCAUUUUUCUAUUGUCGGGAACUUAUUGGGCAACUUGCCAAACGCUGCAACGUGGCUUUGCUUUGUUGCUGCGGUGUGUGAUGGUUGUCCUUGUCCUGCAUUCCCUGAGUAUUGUGGCUUAUCAAACCCCAUGGAUGCAGGAUCAAUUGAAUUCAACUAGUCUGACAGCACGUUUGAUUAGUUUGGAGCCGCUCAUUGAAUCCAAGUGCACAGAUAUACGUAUUCUUAUGUAUAAUAACACUUUGUAUCUGGAUUCUUAUCUCAAUCCAUUUGCCUUGUUCUUUGCCUACUUUGCCUUGGCAUUGACCACAAAGCAUUUGAUUAAUCCCAGGCUGGUACGUCAGAGUACACGCAAGGCAAGGACCCAGGAUAAUGUUGCAACAGGUGGAGCUGUCACCUCGGGCAAUUCGCGUGGCAAUGAUAUACAAUUGGAAUCAUUGGAACAUCGUUCAGAUCAGGAGAAUAAUACCACAUCCAUUCUAGAUCAGAUAUCGUAUGGUUUUGUUAGCGUAGGUGGUUUUAUUUACCAGAAUAGUUAUAUUUUUACAAAUAUUCUGAUGAUGGCCUGGUCCAUAGUCUAUCAUUCAUGGCUAACAUUCGUAUUGUUGUUGUGGGCAAAUGUUUUGUGGAUGAUACCAAAUCAGCGCAAAGCCAUGAUGCGUUCAAGUCCAUUUAUAGUACUAUAUACAGAAUUUUUACUAGUCGCCCAAUAUAUUUAUGGCAUGGACUUGAGCAAUGAAGAGUUGCCCGCAAAAGUAUCUACCACUGGAAUUAAUCUUCAGCAGAUUGGUUUCGAGAGACCCAUUGAAAAUCAUAUGCGUCCAUGUGUUCCCUUGAUAGUAAAGACAGCAUUUGUUUUGAUGUUUUGGGUUACCUCCCGCCAGUUUUUCAAGGAGAAACGCGAUCGGAGAAGGGAUAGCACUUUGGCUGACAUUAUUGCUCCCUUGCAAAUAACUGUUGGUUCAGCUGGUUCCACUUAUCUCAUCAAUGAUGGCAAGAAAACAUCAAAAUUCUUGAAGAGAGCCGGUGAUGUCAUUAAGAAUCUUUUGGUCCGCCUAUGGAUUUGGUUACUCAUCUUGGUGAUCUUUUUGUGUGCAAUCACUGGCGAGACUAUGACAGGUUUUCGCAUCUGUUAUAUGGCUUUGUUCCUAUUCUUUUUGCUGGUAUUCCAAUCAUCGUCCAAGGCAUGGGUUAAGAUUAUGUAUGGAUUUUGGUUAUUCCUGAUAUUCUAUGCCAUGUCCAUAUUGAUAUUGGUCUAUACAUAUCAAUUUGAUAAGUUUGAUAAAUAUUGGAAUAAUUAUCUCAAUGUGACCGAUACCCUGCAAAAGGACAUUGGUCUAAAGCGGUAUCAGACCAAGGAUCUGUUCCUUCACUUGGUAUCGCCUACGAUAAUCGUUAUACUGACUGUAAUACAAGUGCAUUAUUUCCACAACCGAUUUAUUGCCUCACUGCAGCAGCGACCUGUAGCAGGAGCAGUUGGUGCAUCGCAAAAGGCCACAGAAACAACUGCCUUGGAGCCGGCUGCAGGUCAAUCUAAACGUCGAGGAAGUGCCUCAUCGUUGCGUCGUUCUCAAGGUCCAUCAGCAGAGGCGGCAGCCGCUACAGAUUUCGAAACAUCUGUGCGCGACUUGGUGCGCAUAUCGUUCCGUAAAAUCAAAAACAAAUCGGAAUAUAUAUUCAAGAAUUUCAAAGAUGUCUUCUGGCGUUUUCUUGAGCUGCAUAUUAUGAAGGCUGUCUAUUUGGCAGCUUUUAUCUGCAGUGUCAGUGAGGUUUGUGUCCUCCAUAUUUUUUUCGUCGGCUUCUGUGUGCUGGGAGCCACCUCAAGGAAGGGCGUUCAAGUGUUUAUAAGUCGGCUGAUUUCGUUUAUAGUAACCAUUAUUGUGUUGUCGAAGAUGAUCUAUCAAAUUGAGUACCUAGACCAUACCACAUACAUUGUAUCUUGUCCUGACAACAGGACAUCGAAUAAUGCCGAAUGGAUUGGCCUAAGUAAGGCCGAUAAACAGCACGGCGGUUUGAUGAGUUUGUUGCGCACCUACAUUAUCUAUAUGGUCAUUGUGACGCUGCACGCUGUAAUCAGUUUACGCCAGCUGCAGAUGCGUGUAAAAAUUGGUGCUUUAAAUGAUCCACCUACGAAACUUCUGUUCCCUCAUAUAACUCGCUUGGAUGCUGAAAAGGAUUUAGUUGGACUAGUCAAAUAUCUUCUCAAUUUUGGUUUCUACAAAUUUGGCAUUGAGAUUUCAUUUAUUGCUUUGGUCUCUACCAUAACUUAUCGUCAGGAUAUUGUGGCUGUGGUCUAUGCCCUUUGGUUGGUUGUCCUUUUGCUCCUCAAGCGUUCACAAUGUGCCAAAAUCUGGGGAGUUUUUCAGGCAUUCUUUGCCAUAUCCAUAUUUGUGCAGUACAUUUUUCUGGUCGGGCUGCCACCUAGCUCUUGUCUAGUUUAUCCCUGGGAUGAUAGUGCCUUUGGCGAGAGCAUACAGCGCUGGACCAUGUUACCGGGACACCUUCAUUUCAAUCAUGUGCCUAAGCUGAUAUUCGAUUUCAUUGUGUUGAUUAUAUUGAAUCGACAGAAGAGCAUCUUCUGCAUUGAACAGCGUUAUGCCACCAAUGAUGAUUAUCCUGGUGGCAGUAAUCGCAGUGUUGUGGCUGAUAUAGCUCAAUUGGGCAGAGUACCAUUUGACAAUCCCACACAUGAUUUCUGCUCUUAUAUACGCAACUAUUCGGAUAUAUUGAAAAAUGCUGUUCUCUGUGGUUUCUAUUGGUUCACUCUGGCUGUGGUAUUCUUAGCUGGCACGAAUAUUGCAGAUCUGCUAGCCUUGGGCUACUUAAUUGGAGCCUUUAUAUUCCUAUGGCAAGGAUCUGACUUCUAUUUAAGGCCCAUUAAAACGAUCAUCAGUCGCUGGAAAUGGCUAUUGGCCUUUAAUGUGGCUAAUAUAGUAAUCAAAACAUGUUUCCAAAUGGCUGGUUGCCUAUUUAUGAAUCGUUUAACCACCAAUUGCUGCUGGCUGGUCCACAUGCUGGGUAUAACUUGUACAAGUAAUGUGCCUAACGAGCAUAUCAUCCUGCCCGAAGAAAUAGAUGUUAAUGGAAGUGCAGAGGGAGAUUGUCCAAAGAUAACACAUCAAAUUGUUCUAUUAUGGGAUACAAUAUGUUUUGCCUUUAUUAUCGUUCAAUUGCGAAUCUUCAAGUCUCACUAUUUCUGUCACAUCAUUACGGAUACAAAGGCAAACAAUAUUCUAGCUUCCAGAGGAGCCGAUAUCAUUGAGAGUCUACGUCAGAAGCAAAUCGCUCAUCGACACGAUCAUGAGAAGCAAGUUCUUCAUAAGAUCAAAAGGAAAAUGGAGCGUAUAAGAGCUACCCAGCAAAAGAUGCUUCGUCCUUUGGACAAGCAAACUCAUUUUGAUGGGCUACGCACGCCCUCCGAGCAUGUCAGCAUAUCAGAGGCCGAGGAAAUGGCUCCUUUGGCUCAGAACAAUAGUUUUGCCUCCUGCCAAGGCUCUGGCUAUUUGACGCCCUCAUCAAGCUCAGCCACUUCGUCACCGGCCCGAGCUUCCCUAUUGUCCAAUAGCAGUGAUAGCAAUGGCAGCAUUGAUAGUGCUGAUGCUGCCGUGAUUGUGGAACCAGAAAUAAACAUAAUGCCACCAUGUGAUGAAUACUAUGUGGAUGUUCAGUCAAUGAGUGAGGAGGAAGCCACUGUGGCCUUACCUAAAACGGCCACAACAGCACCCACAACGCCCAGCACUGAAGCUCUGUCGACUCUGUUGACAGAAGGUUUUCUAGAACCCAAAAGGAUUUCUCUUGUUCUGGCACCAUCGGAGUCUAGUGGAGCUCCUGCACAGAUGACCAUGCAGAGCUUGCUACCUCCCUUGGCUAAUUAUGCUACGGCCCUGACUCAAACCAGCGCUGGAAGCAGCUCAGUAAUAUCUGUAACUCCUAGUCUGAGACGACAUCAGCAACAUCGUCGCCAGUCAUCGACCAAUGCUGCUGUCUCUUGGAAUGAAACAGUUUCCAUCAAACGAUCACCCAUGAAGAAGCAUAUGGUAACAGAUGGGAGUGAAAAUAAAAAACCGAUUAACUCCUCCUCCAUCCCACAGUCCGAGGAGCGUGAGGAAUUGGUAACAAUGCGUCAAAAAUCUCUGCAUCGUCGUCAUCAGAGCAUGGGAAAUGCGAGUUACUCACUAGAUGAGGCCACUGGAACACAAUCCGCUACAUCAACCAUGCGAAAACGUCGUUCAAGCAAUUUGGGUGGAGCAAGAGAUGAGGUGGCUUUGCGUUUAGCUCAGCGUCCGCAUAGCUGGGGACCAGUGGGUACGGUCUACUUAACGGAGUCGCUGAUGUGCGCCUUCUAUGAGCCCGCCUUGCUGCAUGGACCAUCCACACGAGCUGGUGACUAUUAUAUGUUUGAAGAAAUGGAUGAUAAAUUUGAAUUGGACAUGAUACACGAUGAGAUUGAUUUUCUAGAGGAAGAGAAUAUAACCGAAAGUGAAAUGAAAAUGCAGCGAAGAAAAACUCUUUACGAUAAAUCCAAAGAUGCCCCUUCUGCUGAUUUCCCAUCGACCAGCAAGGGUAUAUCCAAGGAACGGGAUGAGGCAACUGCUGCAGCGGCUGCUGCAUCGGGAUCCACUAGUGAACACAUUGCCCGAGAUGUAGCCGAUUUGCCAGUUAUACCACCGCCCCAUAUCGCGCCUGCUCCUACUGCCAUUACGUCUAAGGAAACUUCGGAUAGCAAAUCAAAAAUGGAAAUCGAUAGUGGCGAGGUUACAGCCAAAGAUUCGGAUGAGGACUUCGAUACGAAUCCCAUUAUAAGAUUACUAGAGGGUUUCCUUGUUACAUUGACCAUACGUUUGAAUCGCUUCUCACGGAACUAUAGAUUUGUGAAUCGCAUAUUGGCGGGGGAAAAGAAGACACUGAAGGAAUCCAGUUCUUUAAAUCGAUUGGGGCUUUCCAGUGCUGCGGCCAUGUUCCAUUUCCUUAAAUCGAAUCUAGAGAGUGAUGAGCCUGUUUCAUCGUCUACACCGCGUCGGCCCAUGGCCUCCACAACCACGAAUGCCACCACAACACACGAUUCAAGCACACCACCCAACACCACAAACACAACAACCACACCGCUCUCACCACAAGAACCACCACAACAACAACAGCAGAUACAUGAUGAUAUUAUCGUUAUACCUGUAGAUACUGUUGAUGCAGCCACCUCUAGAAAACAAUCAAUCAAUUCAUCGCCACCAGCCAAAGGCACUAUAGUCAGUCGCAAAAUGGACUGCGGCCUGCCUGAGAUACGCAUUAAAACGCCAUCAUGUGAUCGCAGCGGCUAUUCUGCAUCUUAUAAUAGUCCACACACAAAUCAUCAUCACUAUCAUCAUCAACAACAACAACAACCAAAUGCUGGCAGCGGCUCAUUAAGCAAGCAUUGGUCCUACGAACAGGUGGACAGUGCUGGCGAAUUCAAUCUGGAGGAAGAGAACUUUGCCCAACGUGAUCAUCAUAUUAUAGUGGAGGUCCUUAUCUCAUCUUGGUAUGCCCUGUUGGCCAAUACGGAUCUUAUAUGUUACAUUGUUGUCUUUAUCAAUCAAGUGGUCAAUGCUAGUCUCAUAUCUCUGCCUUUGCCCAUUAUGGUCUUCCUAUGGGGCACAUUGUCGUUGCCCCGGCCAACUAAAACCUUUUGGGUCACUUUAAUUGCCUAUACCCAGGCCAUUGUGUUAAUCAAGUGCAUCUUUCAAUUCAAAUUGAUUUGGGCCAAUUAUCAUAAUAUACCUAAUCAGCCAUUGUCAGCUGCCAAAAUCUUUGGUGUCGAAAUGAAAACCCAUUAUGCUGUAUAUGAUCUUAUGCUAUUGCUGGUAUUAUUCCUGCAUCGUUAUCUCCUCAAAUCGCAAGGCUUAUGGAAAUCUGGCUAUAAGGAUACAAAUCAACAGUUUGCCAAACCCGCUGGCAGCAUUGACGAACGUGAGGAUAGCGAUAAUCUUUCCCAGCCAGACUCACGUCAGCUUAACGAUGAGUCCGCCCAAAAGAUGAGUCUUCAAGUUAGCCAGGCUUCAUUGCCUGGUUCUCCUGAAUACAGCAAAUCUGGCAUUAAUCAAUUGGAGCGAACCAAGUACACUUCCUCGCUGCACAAGUUCUUCUUUAAUCUGGUGCAUAAGUCUCGUUUGGCCACCGAUGUGUAUGCUCUGAUGUUCCUCUGUGAUUUUGUCAACUUCUUUGUUCUGCUCUUUGGCUUUACGGCCUUUGGAACUCAACAAACGGAAAGCGAUGAAGGUGUCCAAACAUAUUUGGCUGAGAAUAAAGUUCCAGUGCCAUUCCUUAUAAUGCUGCUUGUACAGUUUCUGCUGAUUGUUAUCGAUCGUGCCCUAUAUCUACGUAAAGCUCUGGUCAAUAAGAUUAUAUUCCAUUUCUUUUCGGUCAUUGGCAUACACAUUUGGAUGUUCUUUGUGGUGCCAGCGGUAACGGAACGUACCUUUAAUUCACUUGCUCCGCCGAUUAUUUUCUAUGUGAUCAAAUGUUUUUACAUGCUGCUCAGUUCGUAUCAAAUCAAAUCUGGCUAUCCAAAGCGUAUUUUGGGUAAUUUCUUUACCAAAGGUUUCUCAAUGGUCAAUAUGAUUGCAUUCAAAGUUUAUAUGCAAAUUCCAUUCUUAUAUGAAUUACGAACUAUACUGGAUUGGGUGUGCAUUGAUAGCACGAUGACCAUAUUCGAUUGGCUAAAGAUGGAGGACAUAUUCUCGAAUAUUUAUUUGAUAAGAUGUACCAGACAAUCGGAAACUGAUUUUCCGGCUAUGCGAGCUCAGAAAAAGGCAUCGCUGUCCAAACUUAUUAUGGGUGGAACUGUCGUUUUGCUGAUUGUCAUCUGCAUAUGGGGUCCACUAUGUCUCUUUGCGUUGGGCAAUGCGGUGGGCACAUCGAAUGUACCAUACCAAGUUUCGGUAUCAAUACGAAUAGGACCAUAUGAUCCCAUUUAUACCACAAAUAACUAUGAUAGCAUCUUUGAAAUCGACUCCCAAAUGUAUUCACAAAUGACAAAUGCAUUCCUGAAGGAAAAACACGCCCUAACCUUUAUCACUGGUUACGAUGCAACAGAUGUGGCAGCUGUUAAGCUGGCCGGAAAUUCUCCAUCUUUAUGGAAUAUAGCACCGCCGGAUAGGAUGCGUUUGCAAAAUGAUUUAAGGAACAAUCACACAUUAAAGGCGCGUUUCUCAUACGCUCUAACAAGAAAGGCACCAGCCAAGGGGCUUAAAGAGACUGUGGGUCACGAGCAUGCCAUAACUCUGGAUGAAACUUUCGAAGGACGCUUAGCUCUCAUUAAUAUGUUAAGUGAAGCUUAUGAAGUUGAACAAAAUGGCAAUGAGUCCUUAAAUGGCAACUCUACCUAUAAGAAUAAUACGACUACCGAUGAAGUGGUUGUGGUUCUGCCCUCUAUGAUACCCAAAUUCAUAAAGGUUCUUAAUUCUGGUGAUGCUGCUGUGGUUAGUGUUUCGCCCAAUAAGGAUGAUGAUUAUCGUCCCUUGGUAAUUAAAAUGCAUCGCGACAAGGAGACAAAUGGUUUAUGGUGGGAGAUACGAGACUAUUGCAAUGAUACCUUCUACAACACUACACUAAAGGAGUUCGCCUAUAGCAACUGCACAUCGGGAAUUGUGAUGUACACAUUCAACGAUAAGAAAUUCCCAUCAACAUUUAGUUUUCUAACAGCCGGCGGUAUCAUCGGUUUGUAUACCACAUUUGUGUUAUUGGCCUCACGCUUUAUGAAAUCCUUCAUUGGCGGACAAAAUCGUAAGAUUAUGUUUGAGGAUCUGCCCUAUGUGGAUAGAGUGUUACAAUUAUGCCUUGAUAUAUAUUUGGUACGCGAGGCUCUGGAAUUUGCCUUAGAAGAGGAUCUGUUUGCCAAAUUACUCUUCCUGUAUCGUUCGCCAGAAACUCUUAUCAAAUGGACGCGUCCCAAAGAGGAGUAUGUUGACGAUGAUGGUGAUACCGAUUCCAUACCUAGUCGCAUGAGUGUGCGACGACCCGAGCAACUACAGCAACAUCACCAGCAACAAUAACAUAGGCCUAAUCCAAACGCUUAAGUAAUAUAGAAUUUGAUUACGUAUAAGUUUACGUACGUACAUACUAAAAUAGUGCGUUAUGGUAGGUUUCAUAGUAUCUUUUUUAUAUGAACAUUUUUUUUGUAAGUAAAAUUAAUUAAUUAGUUAGCUAGUGGAACGAAAAAAACAUCACAUACCCACACACAAACAAACACAUACACAUAAACCCAUUGACCGUUUACAGUUAGUUUAAUUUACUGCCUAUGGGUAAACUUCUACACCAACCAAUAAGAACAUGUAACUAUAUAUACACACAUAUAUAUACAUAUAUAUAUAGAUAUAUUAAGCAAAAAAUGUAAUUAGUAUUAAGUUAAGAAAGUGUUGCUGUUUGCUAAUUUGAGACAACUUAAGUACUAGCGAAUUGAAUAACUAAUUAAUUUGUUUAAGUUAAUCUAUGUAUAAUCUAAUAUUAAUAAUGAUGAGAACUCAUAUUCAGGGAUUUUUAGCAUUUUACAACAAAAAGAAACAAACACAAAAAAAAAAAAAUAAAACGAAACUAAAUCUAAAUCGAAACGAACUUAUCGAAAAAUAAAGUUAUUAAGUAACUAAUAAAUGUUUUAUAUUUAUACAAGAAUAAUAAUUAAAGAUAAAACAAAAAUUAAUAACAAUUUUAUGUUGCAUACAUCUGAGUUUCGAUAUUAUAUGUAUAUGUUGAGAAUGUUUGUUAUAGAUUUAUAUACAUUUUACAGCGUUGACUUUAGUUCUAGGCAUAUCGCAUAUAUAUUUUGUAUAUUGAAAGCAAUUGAACGUAUAUAUAUACUUAUAUAGUUUUCUUUGCUUAUUAUGAUCAAUUUUUAUUUUUCUAACAUUUAGGCAAAUAUUCAUAUCAAAUUAAAAAAGUCAAAUGUUAAUGUGCUUAAGAUACGCCUAAGCUUAGCAACAAAAUCGAUAAACUUGUAUGCCUACACACACUCACAUACAUAUGACUAAAUUAUGCUAUACAGAUACAUAUAUUUAUGUAUGUAUGUACAUUCAUAUCUCUAAUAUGCAAUCUCCAAUAAGCAUUAACUUAAUAAAAAUAAACGCCAAUUAUGUGUUAACUAAUCAGAGCUAAA